AUGGCUGCGAAACUCAUUGAUAGACGAUUCCACAACGUCCCUGGAAAACUUCGGGUGGCCGAGCUGUUCUUUGAUGUUCCCAUCGACUACAGCAAGCCAAAUGAAGGGACGCUGAGACUGUUUGCCCGCAGUGUGUCUCGCCUUAAUAAACCGGUGGAGGCCACCAAGGAUGAGGCCAAGCUUCCUUGGCUAGUUUACCUUCAAGGUGGACCGGGUUUUGGCUGCGCUGCCCCGCAGAAUUUCGGUUGGAUUGAGCCUGCGCUCAGUAAGGGGUAUCAAGUUCUCUUUUUAGACCAGCGCGGCACUGGUAUGAGCUCAACCAUUACUGCUGGAACACUAGCUCGCCACGGCGACGCCAUUAAGCAGGCAGAAUACCUGAAGAAUUUCCGCGCAGACAGCAUUGUCUAUGAUUGUGAAGCCGUUCGUAAAUGCUUGACCGAGGAUUAUCCCGAGGAUCAGCGCAAAUGGAGCAUCAUCGGCCAAAGCUUCGGUGGCUUUUGCAUUACCACUUAUCUGUCCAAAUUCCCUGAGGGCUUGAAGGAAGCUUUCUACUGUGGUGGAUUGCCUCCAAUGGUCAACCAUCCGGAUCCUGUCUAUGCUCGGACCUACGAGAAGGUCAUCGAGAGAAACCAGGCAUACUACUCCAAGUUUCCUGAGGAUGUCGAGCGAGUCAAGAAGAUCAUGCAGUACCUGACUGAGAACAACAUUUCCUUGGCAUCUGGAUGUCUCACUCCCGCUCGUUUCCAGCAACUUGGCAUUAUUCUCGGCUUUCACGGCGGUGUCGAGAGUUUGCAUGAAAUUGUCCUCCGAACCUGGAGCGACUUGGAGAUGUUUGGCUUUUUGACGGUUCCCACCCUUGCUCUGAUCGACAGCAAUGGUGGAAUGGACAAGAAUGUCAUCUAUGCUAUUCUGCAUGAGGUAAUCUACUGCCAAGGUAAGCCCUCGCUCUGGUCUGCGGAUCGACUUCGUGCCGAGAACCCGCGAUUCCAGACCAAUGGGUCUGAGCCCGAGAUUUACUUCACCGGAGAGAUGGCAAGUGACCCAUAUCCCCCAUCAAUGGUCUUCAAGGACAUGUUUGAAUCGUACUCGGAGCUCAAGGAAAUCCGAGAGACCGCCGAGAUCCUCGCUACUACCAGUGACUGGCCUACCCUUUACGACGAGGCCCAGCUGGCCAAGAACGAAGUGCCAGUCUACGCGGCCAUUUACGUCGAUGACAUGUAUGUGCCUUUCGAUUUUUCGUGCAACACUGCUGCCAAGAUCAAGGGCACAAAGCAGUUCAUCACCAAUGCCAUGUACCAUGACGCCCUGCGGAGCAAGUCCGGAGAGCUCAUACGCCAGCUGUUCAACCUUCGCGAUGAUUCUAUCGAUUAG